AUGGCUGCACCAACAUCUCGACCGGCCAACUCUGGCAGCGGCAGCAGCGUCGCCAGCUCAGCAGCCGCAGGUCCCACAGCUCACGCCUCAGCGACUGGGGGGCACCACCAUCAUCACCACCACCACCAUCACCAUCACGCCCACCACAUCACUGACCCUGCACGACGCAAAAAGAAGCAUCUCCCCGCUCAGUUGGCCCAGCUUCAGCUCGAAAACGAAGACGAAGAUGCUAACAACUUCAUCUCUUCGUCGCGCGAUGCUUCUGAAGAGGACAACGAUGAUCAGGAGGAGACCUUUGACGACGAUGCCUCGAUUGCCUCGCUCCGUCACCACCAGCAGGGUCCCAGCUCGACGUCUGUGCCCAUCUCGUCGUCGCUGUCAUCCAUCCCGCCCAACGACAGAGAUCAGGCGUUGAUCGACUCUGCAGCGCUGCAUCAGUCUUCGAAGCUGCAGCACCAGUACAAGCCUUCCAACUUGCAGGAUGACAGAACUCCCGCCAGCUCCAGUCCACCUCGAGAGGCAACAGCAUCAGCUGCUGCGGCUCUGACUGCAGGCGGUGCACCUGCGCGGUCGGGCCAGCCUACGAUUCAGCACGGCUUUGUGUCACCUCCCUCGGCGCACCAGCAGCUGUCGGCGUCGCACGACCGCCGAAAAGAGGUCUCGUCGGACGACGAUGAGAGAUACGUUCGCCCUUCGGUUGGCACCACGCUUGCCACUGCCAGCGCAGCCCUCUCCAGCAGCUCUUCCGCCGAGCUUCUGCCCAAGGCUGUUGCCGCGCAAAGGCAAAUCGGCGGAGCAGACGGCGUCUCUGCAAAGUCGAUCAAUCACGGUGCUGGCCUCAAUCUCGGUUCUCUACCGGCUCCCGCUGUUGGAGCGCCUGGUACGACUUCGCAGCCUCUGAACACUGUCAAGCCCCAGACGAAUGCCACUGAUCCAUUCGCAGCCUCUGUGCUGUCCGGUAACGCCACCGCUGCGACACCGAGAGCGCAGCAGGCGAGCGAUGGCUCCCCUGCGCCGGCGUUGGAGUCUUCAGCGCUCGGCCAAACAGCUACUUCUGGCGGCGUGGCUGCUGCAUCAAAGCGCAAGACGUCUGCCUCGCACCACGCUUCACACGCUGCCGCGCGUCGAGCCGAGCUCAAGGACGGAGCCGACGAUGAAGCAAGCAACAACACGGACGGAGGUACGCCGUACGAUGGCGAUGUCGAGUAUGCCGCUCGCACGCCUGUCUCGAGUCAGUUGGCAGCCGGUGCAGCUGCUCACCCAACAGGAAAAUCUGCAGCUGCUUCGAACGUUUUUGCCACCAAAAGCACCGCACCAGGCCCAGUUCGAUCGCGCAGCUACAUCCAGACGAUGAAGAGCCGUCACGCCGACUGUCAUCCGCAGGGCGACGAGUUCGAGGAGGGCGGAUUCCAGCCUUCUUCGAUCCCUUCCGCCGAAGAGAUCCAAGCGUGGGUGAGCCAAGCGAUCUUCAACCCAGACCCUCAACGCGACUACUCGAUCAAUCCACCACCCAAGCGCUACGACAGCGAAGGUCGAGAACGUCCCAUCCGCAUCUACGCCGAUGGCGUCUACGACCUUUUCCACUACGCACACGCGCUGCAGCUUCGCCAGGCCAAGCUGUCGUUCCCUGCGGUGCAUCUCAUCGUCGGGGUGGUGAGCAGCUUCUCGUGCGGCAAGCAUAAGAACAAACCGGUGCUGACGAGUCAGGAACGCUACGAGUGCGUGCGCAAUUGCCGUUGGGUGGACGAGGUGUUGGAGGAUGCACCGUGGGUGGUGGAUCAGACGCUGAUCGAUACGUUGGAGAUCGACUACAUUGCGCACGACGAUCUGCCGUACUCGGGGAUCGGGAUGGAGGAUAUCUAUGCAUUCGUGAAGCGGCAGGGGAGGUUUUUGCCGACGAGGAGGACGGAUGGUGUUUCGACGAGCGAGUUGUUGGGUAGGAUCGUGGAUGUUUACAGAGAGGGUAGUUUGGAUGGUAAGCUGGUCAAGAUUGGGUUGGAGGAUUUGACGAGCACGCAUGCUAUGCAUACGGGUCAUGGGGAAGAGUGA